AUGGGAAAUAGUAUGAUGUCCAUGGCAAAACUGAUCGGCAUAUCAACGACAAGUGAGGUGGAAGUUCACAUCGACCAUCAUUACACGUCGAAGAUAUACUCCGCAGGAUCACAGGUUUCUGGCACCGUCAAAGUCAACACGCAGCAGGAUACGGCUUUCGGAUUCGUCGAGAUCAAUCUCUUGGGCAAAGCCAUUGUUCGACGGGAAGAUGUCCACGUCAUGACCGAAACGAUACAGACACUCCUCAAGCUAUACAUGCCUGUACCCGAAUCAGCUUAUCCUUCAACGAGGGUAUUCAAACGUGGACACACUUACUCAAUACCCUUUAGGUUCAUCAUUCCACAUCAACUCACCAGUAACGUAUGCCAAUACGAAGUCCAAACAGAAGCAGUGCGGCACCACCAUCUCCGCCUGCCGUCAUCAUUGACCGGAUUUGAGAAGGAUGACCUAGCAACAAACAUGGCAAAGAUCCAAUACAGCGUGAGGGCCAGGGUUUUCAACAUUGAUGAAGGUAGUCCCGUACAACUACCGGCGCCGAUUCUUGAGUCUGAGCACCCGAUUAGCAUCCUCGCACCAUCCUCGGAAGAUCCGCCCCUGAUCCUUGAUGAGCACGACCUUCAUUACGUUCUCGAGAGUACCAAACCUGUCAGAAAGAGUAUGUUUUCUGCACCCACAGGUCAGAUCACGGCCAGGUCAUCCCAACCACAAGCAGUGCGUUUGAGCUCUGAUGGACACCGGGCAUCCGGCUCGUCAGCCUACAUCGACAUUGCUUUCCGCCCCGCGGCGCCAGAUAUGCUACCGCCGCAGGUCAAGAUCAAGUCUACAAGGAUAUUGGCACAAACCUGGGUUUCUACGCGACCGGCACAAACUUUUCCCAACUUUGGCGGAAAUCGACAGCCAGUCACACUAUCUACACUUGCUAGCAUCGACGCCAUGAACAUUACACCCUGGAUUCAACACGUCCACAUUCUGGAGGAUGAGAAAUCAGAAAGAACGAAGGGAGGCAACCGAGGAUCGAGAGACAUCACGGUGAUACGCAACAGCAGUAUCCCGGAUGAUGGUAUACCAAUCACACAUACGUGUUCGACGCAAGUCGACUUCAGACUACCAACCUCAAGUCACGUUUUCCCACCGACCUUUCACUCCUGCUUGAUUUCGCGGACGUAUAUCCUCGAGAUUAAGAUUACGGCGGGAGGAGCCGAGCUUUCUCUACAGGUGCCUGUCCAGAUAUUCAUGGAACAAGAAGGUGGGCGCUCUCAGGCAUCCACAGAGUCGGAGUUGCCUAGCUGGGAUGAUGUUGGAGGCGAAGCUGUCUACGCACGUUUAAGGGAGCAUCGCCGAGCGUUGUGA